GACAAGAGAGGCGUAAUUCUGAAUCUGUGGAAAUGGCUUCCCUCACAUUGGACCAACUCCACACAUACCAUGCCAUAGACAGGAACAUAUUCUCGAAGCUUGUCACAAACUACUUGAGAGAUCCGGUCGAGUCACUUCUUGUAAUGGCCACUUGGCUAUGGCUCGAAGACAAGGGCUUCCCUGCCAUCAUACCCAAACUCCUCGCUUUCUCCGACUCGAUCAUCGACGCCAUAGCCGAUGAAGCUGUCUCGAGUUUUCGUUGCCUCGAAUCUUCAGUGCCGCCGAUCGGCAGUGGCCUUCUCCCUCUGACCACGAGACUUAUGAGCCGAGAAAUCACUCUCCACAUGAUCUACGACCAGAGGUACACCGCCAUCAGUGGAAUCAAGAGCUUCCUGGCCACUGUCUGUUCCAGAAUUUUUUCCGACAUCCUCCAAAGGAUUCUCCCUUCUUCUUCCUUUAUAUCGAUCCACCUCCCUCUCAUCAUCCCUGGAUUCCCCCAUCCGACGUUCGGACACGUCACUGUGAUGCCCAAUUUCGUCCCCACCGUCGAGGACGAGUUCUCUCGCUUCCCGGACGGGUUGUGGGCGUGGAACCCGAGCAGGAACGCGACGGAGAAUGACCGGACGAUGUUUCUGACGUUUUCUCGCGGAUUUCCGGUGACUCAGGUCGAGGUGAAGGAGCUUUUCACGACCACGUUUGGGGAAAACGCUGUCGAGGGUGUGCAUAUGCAAGAGAGUAGCGGUUCGAACGAUCAGCCGCUGUUCGCAAGGAUAGUCCUGGACUCGGUCGCGACCGUGGACCGUGUCCUAGGUGGUCGGAGGAUCGCGAAGUUCCGGAUCAACGGGAAGCACAUAUGGGCGCGAAAGUACGAGAGGAGGGACCUACCUUCUGCUUGAACUAGUGGGUUCGAAGAGGGAAGUCUUCGUUUUACUACCCCUUUCUUUGAAAUUUUCACGCACUCGACCUCAUAGUUUGAAAUCGUUCAUUAACACCCAUUUGACCAAAAAAAAAUGAUGAUAUUGUUUUGUGAUUGGAACUGUUGGCUUCAGAUUUUGGGUGUGUUGGUUUACGAUUUCUCUUAUGCGAAAUGGGUAUGUGAGAAUUUUCCAAGUCAGAGAUGGUGAA